AUGUCUAUAUUUAAAUUUAAACAAUGGUGGUCUAAUGAUACUUCACAAAAUGUAAACCAAAAUGAUGGAAUACAAAAUGCCAAUUGCCUCAAGGUGGAUAAGUUUAACGCGUACCCUGACACCGAUUGUAUUUUAGUCGGCGAAGAAUCGUUGCUAAAAAUAUUUAAACCAAAUAUAGAAGAUCCAUCACACGUUCUUUUGGAAACUGAGCUGAGUGAAGUUGUUCUGCAAAUUGACACCGGCAAAUUUACAGUGCGUGCAGAAGAUCGUCAGAUUCUAGUACUGCAUCCACACGGUUAUGAAAUAUUUCACUUAAAAAGAACAGAAGGGCAUUUGGAAGCCGGUGACCAGAACAUUCUUUCACCUAUAAUAAAACACUCAUUUACACGUAAAGCUGACAGUCUGACUUGUGGUCCUUUUGGAAAUAUUAAAACAAGAGAUUUAAUAUGUGUACUAAGCCUCGACGGCAGUCUAAGUUUCUUUGAUCAGGAUGCAUUUUUGUUUAUGUGCAUAUUCACCGAUGUUAUAAUUCCUUCACCCGUGUGUUAUAUUGCAAGUAGUGACUGUUUCGUAAUUUGUAAAUCAACAUGGGUCUUAGAAAUAUACAGUUACCAACAAUUACGGGAGUUCAGUGAGAUAAGUAUAAGACAGAAUAAAAAGAAUGUACCUCAAUGGGUUUACAAUUCAGGAGAAGAAAUUACACGAGUACAAGUUAUUCAGACUAGCAACAAUUUUUCUAGUAUAGUGGCACUUGGCGAGAGACAUCUUUACUGUUUUCAAGAUAACGGCUUGAUGAAGUACAUGAUUAAGUUCGAUUUUGUUGCGAUGUGCUUCUACGCCUAUCUUAUUGGGUGGUAUUAUGAACCUGGAGCUCGAUUGCUUGUAAUGGUGACAUCGGAUGACUCAAAAUUGUUUAUUUACGAAGGCACCACACUGAUAUGGUCUUGUUCUCUUUUGACUUCUGCAAUUUCUAUUUCACGUUGUUUCUUAAAGUCUCUACCAGGCGGGUUGGUGACUUUAUCCAGCAAAGGAAUUGUUAGUGUAGGGUACAUAGGCACCGAACCUGAUUUGAAUUUAAACACUCCACCAAUUGUCAAUGAGGUUAGUGAUCCAGAACAGGUGCAAGAUGAAUUAGAAGUCGUUGAGGAAUCAUUGCGAAUAAUCUUGAAUAGUGAAGAUGCAGUUAAUCAAAGAUCUGUCGUGGAACAGAUACUUAAUGUAAAAGCAGAUGUUGGGAAACCAAUUCAAAACUUAUUCCAAGAAUUUACAAGUGAAAAAGACGAAGCUCUGCAUCUAUUGAUGUGUCCAGUGGUUGUGGUUUUAACUUGCGAAGAUCCUAAGUUUAUUCAAAACGUUCAAGUUACUUAUGUUUGUGCAUCACCGUUUUCGUGUUCAGAACCCACUAUAUGUUUGGAUAGUAUUAACGGCACCGAAAUAGUAGAGAACCAAGUGUUCCUAACCAGUGAUGCAGACAUUACAGAGACAAGAGUAAAAAUAUUAAUCACUGUUACUGAUAAUACGGGGAAAGUCGUGGUAUUAUCCAAAAAAGUACUAUUACCUCUGAGUGUUUACUGUACGCCGGUUGAAAGCUACGCAGAAAACCAUUUGAAAUUACGCAUAGAAACAAACCAAGCAUGUCUAGAUUUAUCCAAAAUAUUUACGGAUUUCUCACAGGAAGAACUAAAUAAGUUUGGGAACAAUUUAAAUUUCGUAUAUAGAUCAUCAAAGAAAUGUGUAACAUUGAAGAGUGAUGGUGACACAUACUCAAUAGAAUGUGAAGACUUUACAGAAAUAAUUGCAAUAUUAGACAAUUUUGUCAUUCGUUUGCUAGAUCAUUAUAACAGAAUGGCUGUAAAAAGUUUUCGAUUUAAAUUAAAGUACGACAAAGAAUUUGUUAAGCAUCUUACCCAUAGGUUUCUAAAAUCUGUUGAAAUCCACGCAAAAGAACGAAUAAAGUUAAAAGAUUUAGAGGACGAACUAAAUGUUCUUCAGAAGCAGUUCACAAUUGUUCAAAAGAAGCUAUUGGUCCAGUACGGGUCAUUGCCACCAGGGGACUGUGAACCUCUAGAAUUUCUUAUGAAAGACACUCAUAAUCGUGUAAUCAUAGUUGUGCAUGAAAUAAUAAAGUGUAAGGAAACUGUGUGUAGAGCAGGUAGUGCCAUGACUGCAAUUGGGAAUCUCAUCGUAUUAUUAUUGAAACAAUGUCCGAAAGACGAUUUCAAAGUCACUUUAACAGAACAAAUGAUGUGUUUAAGUUCACUUUACGAGCAUUAUCAAGAGUGGGAGGAAGCCGUAACACAAGCAUUAACAUACGUAUUGAAUAAUGCAUUUAAAAAUUCAGAGAAGGAUAAAGAAAAACUGGCUCCUGUGACAGAACAAGGGAUAUUGUCUCACAUUAAUCUCAAACGUUUCCUAAAACAGCUAAGAUUGGUUUUAGAUAAAAUGUUCUCAGAGAUAACAGAUGACGACACUGAAAAGGAUUUGGAGAAAGUGAUACGAGUACAAGAAUUUGUUGAAGUAAUAUAA